AUGAUUUCAUCAGUCGAUAGGCUUAGCAACUUGCCGGACGGCAUCAUAUGCCACAUUCUCUCUUUCCUCCCGACAAAGCUCUCAGUGGCGACCAGUGUUCUAGGAAAAAGAUGGAGGUUUUUGUGGACGCACGUCCCCUGUUUGGACUUCAGCGGAAACAAGUUAACCGGCGAAACAGAGCAUUCGGACAUCAUCAAUCGAUUCAUUUUGCUCCAUGAGGCGAAGAGAAUGAAUACUUUUAGGCUUAGGUCAGUGAACUGCAACGAGUAUCAACUGGAGACAUGGAUUAGUGCUGCCAUCAAGCGUAGUAUCCGGAAUCUUUAUCUUGAUCUUAAUCUGUUUCGGAACAGGUUAAUGCUCCCGCGUCCCGUAUCCACCUGCAAAACCAUUGUUGAUAUGAGAAUUUUCGGAGGUAAAUGUAUCUCGUCAAGUGUACAUUUGCCUAGCCUAAGAAAGCUUGUUCUUCAUUUUGUUGAGUUUGAGGAUGAUGAAGCCCUUCCUCACUUGCUUUCCGGCUGUCCUUUUCUCAAGGAGUUGACCAUGACAUACAGUUUUAUAGAUAAUGAAAAAAAACUAGGCUGCGUUAAUAUAUCUUCACCCUCGUUGGAAACACUUACGGUUGAUCUUCUACAUGAUCAUGAAGAUUUCCCUGUCUAUGGGAUUGUAUUAAAUGCAAAGGCACUUAGAUAUCUCCAUAUGGGCAAUUUUCCUUUGGGGCGCAUCACAAAUUCGACAACUAUGACCUCCUUAGCUGAGGCGUUCAUCUACUUUCGAGACGAUUUCUACGUGUAUAUGAACAGGGACAGCCAUUCCAACGUGGUGAAAUUUCUUGAUUGUCUUUGUAACGUCAAAUGUCUAAAGAUAUCAAGUUAUGGAGGCGAGGAGGUUCUCCCAUUAGGAUUUGCUGGCUCAUUAGUAAAAUUCAGUAAUUUAACCAAACUUGAACUCCAAGCGAGUGCUAGAUGGCAUUUGCUUGUACAUUUACUUGAAGUUGCUGAUAAUCUUGAAGCCCUUAUUCCGCCUUCCCUCUUUCAUUUCUGUUUCCACCGCCAAGACUUUCCGAACCGGGACCCGAACCCGAACCCUAACAAAUCUGAAUACGAACCCAAGUCGGACCUGAAUCCCAUGGUUGGAGCUGGAGGUUUUCUGGUUUGGUUCUCUUUGCCCUAA